UUUGCUCAAAGUUUACCAGGGCAACUUUCUGCUGGCAGAUCCCAGAGUGUGAGGAGGAGGAAAACCACCUCAUGCUGAGCAGGACUAUAGAGAAAACAGAUCCCCCAAACCGGUGGGACAAUCUCCGCUUGCCAAGAUGCCAUCCAGGAAAAAAACCACCAUGUUCGCGUCCGCUUUUUGCGCCUGCGUUUGCUCCUUCGUGCUGAUUUGCGUCACGCUGGCGACCCCACAUUGGAUGAGCAGCCAGAUCGGCUUUUCAGGCACGAAUUCCAGCGUCACCGUGAGUCUCACCUACGGGCUUUUCAGUGGGACCUGCGAGCAGUUCGUGGCCGCGGGGCUCCAGGUGGCAGAGACCACCUUCCAAGUUGCAGAUAACCUGCACAAGACCCCGGCGCAGAGCACGAUCACCGCGAUCAUCGUGAUGCUGGUUCUCAGUUUACUGAGCUCCCUUCUGAGCUCUGGAUUCACCUGCACUAACGCCGUCAGUAACCCCUACCAGACGUUUUUGGGACCCACCGGAGUCUACACCUGGAAUUCCUUAUGUGGAAUCUUCACACUUAUAGCCAUGAUACUUUUUCCUGUGAACAUUGAAGGAAAUGGCUUGUCUGUAGAAUUGGCCCAGGGAUGUUUUUCUCUUCUGCAAACAAAUACCAAAUCUGAACACACUUACGGAUAUUCAUAUUGGAUCAUGCUGCUCAUCAUUUUUCUGAACAUUGCUUCUAUCAUCAUCAUAUAUUUCUAUGACCACGCAAGAUACUCUAAGAAGAAAGAACAGGAAAGACCCAUUGAAAAUGCACCAAAAGAUGUCAUUCUGUUUUAAGGAUACCACUGAAGAGAGCGUGGAAAGAAAAACUACUGUUCAAUAUGGACAAUCAUGACAUUUCAUUUCCAUUCAAAUUGAAGAUGUGUGUAUAGUUCAAUUAUUGUGUCUUCGAAGCAAUUUAAUUUUAUCUUUUUGUUAGAUGUUAGUGUAAUACUUACAAGUUUCCAUUGGUAAGCAUGCUGCCUAAAUGUCUGCGAGCAGAUAUGGCCCAAAGCGCCCGACACCAGCACCCUUCUGUAGGAAUGGACCUCACGCAUCUUAGAGCUCUGCUCUUCUCCGGAGGGAUCCCUGUGAGAACGCACUCCUAGAAUGGUUCCUCCUCCCCAUUCCACCCCCACCGCCUUUCCAAGAGCACUUCUGCCCUCUUGCCCACACUGAGCAGAGGGGCUGGUUCCCACCUCCUGCUUUCUGGAUUCUUCUGGACCACAGGACAGCCCUGCAGUGGCUGCCCCAACUUUCUGCACGUUGCCCCAACAUCAGCACCUAUGAACUCAUUCCUGCUUCGUCCUUUGGGUCCAAAGCAGAAGAUCAGAGACACCUUUUGGGUUGUCUAUGUAGUCUGAGAUCUCAAGGGGCACAAACUCUGGCAACGGGGAGAAACAGUCACUAAGAUGUUUGGGCGUCAUUCUGUCCUGCUGUCCUUUCCCUGCUUAUGGACCUUCUCCUGCAGGUCCUUGCGGCACUGCCCUGGUGACCACAGGCAGUGAACAGGAGUGUGAGCACUUGGACAAACUCACCUGUGAUCAGUCACCUUCACAUCAAACCUCCCAGCAGCACAGACCCCGUCCAUCCUCCCCUUGCUCGGUGCUUCAUCCAUGGCUGGGGGGUGGGCAGGGCAGCAGGAGGAAGAAGAUGUGCAGAAGACACCAUAGGAGCCCAGUAUCUGCAAGUUAUUAAUUUGUAGAACAUCAGCAAUAUCCUGUUUCAGGCUGUUUAUAGACCCUUGAUUGCUGCCGAAAGCAAACAGCAAAGCUGCACUUUGAGCAGGUGCGGCCACUGCUUUCCCACCUGCUACACCAGACUGUCAUUUUAUCCCAAGACAAAAGCCAAAGAGCGGGCUUUAUUAGGGAUGAUUUAUGACCAGUAUCAUCCCUAUGUCUAGUUUAAUUAGUAUUUAACAUGAACACAUAGACACACAACUGUAGAACUGCACAGAAGUGGGGAACUCCCUUCCUGUUCCAUCCAAGGGAAAGCGAGCAGAGGAAUGUGACCUUGGGACAGAUGCCAUCGUGCAAAAUCACACUUAAAACACAUGCCCAGGAGAAGGGCACUGUGCCAAAUGGUGGUCAGCAUCUUCUGCUCCUUUGCUCCUCACCCCUGCAGCAAGGAGAGCAAUUUUACCGCAUUGCUUCCCUUUAAAAUAUUAUUUCCAUGGUCAUAUUCAAUAGCUGCCCUAUGAUGCAAGAGAUACUCAUGUAGGAAAAAAAAAGUCAUUUUUUAAGAGGAGAUGACAAGAUACAAGAGGCAACUUCUCACUAUUUAAUGUCAAAAAAUAAAGUUUCAGGAUUAAACUGCCCAAUACUUCAUGCAGCUGUGCACUUUCUGGAGAGUAGGGCAGGGAAAAAUUUAAUGAAAUAUAACAAGGGCGAGUGUAGAGUCUUAAAUCUGGGCAGGAACAACCCCAAGUUCCAGUAUCAGUUGGGGAAUGACCUAUUAGAGAGCAGCGUAGGAGAAAGGACCUGGAGGUCCUGGGGGACAGCAGGGUGACCAUGAGCCAGCACUGGGCCCUUGUGGCCAGGAAGGCCAAUGGUACCUGGGGUGGGUUAGAAGGGGGUGGUCAGUAGGUCAGAGAGGUUCUCCUGCCCCUCUGCUCUGCCCUGGGGAGACCACACCUGGAAUAUUGUGUCCAGUUGUGGCCCCUCAGUUCCAGCAGGACAGGGAACUGCUGGAGAGAGUCCAGCGCAGCCACCAAGAUGCUGAAGGGAGUGGAGCAUCUCCCGUGUGAGGAAAGGCUGAGGGAGCUGGGGCUCUGGAGCUGGACAAGAGGAGACUGAGGGGUGACCUCAUUAAUGUUUACAGAUAUCUAAAGGGUGAGUGUCAGGAGGAUGGAGCCAGGCUCUUCUUGGUGACAACCAAUGACAGGACAAGGGGCAAUGGGUGCAAACUGGAACACAGGAGGUUCCAUUUAAAUAUGAGGAGAAACUUGUUGGGGGUGAGGGUGGCAGAGCCUGGCCCAGGCUGCCCAGGGGGGUUGUGGAGUCUCCUUCUGUGCAGACAUUCCAACCCGCCUGGACACCUUCCUGUGUAACCUCAUCUGGGUGUUCCUGCUCCAUGGGGGGAUUGCACUGGAUGAGCUUUUCAGGGCCCUUCAACCCCUGGCAUUCUGGGAUUCUGUGAUUCUUUCCUUAAGCAUUUCACUAAAAGGAUGAUGAGGGCAGAGCAGGGAAAAAAAAAAUAAAGGCAGGUUUUGAAGACUUGAGGGUGGCAUAGGUCAACAAAAUAAGAGAUGUUAUCUGCUCUUUACUGCUGACAAGAACCAUGCCUAGAACUGCUUUUCAGCGCUGUAAACAUUGCAGUGAAACCGCCGGAGACUGCGCGCCCGGAGCUACGCUGGCCCAAAGCCAAACAGUUGCCAGUUUUGCUUCGGCUGCAAAAAUUUUCACACAGUUUCAGUGUGCAUCUGUCACUGUUGUACCCAGCCAGCAUCCAUCACGCCAUACAAUUACACUUACAGCAGGCACUCGCAGGGAAAUAAAGUCAUUAUAACAGAAUAAUCAUGGAGGAGCAGCGGCUCCUGCUUUGGAAUAUGGUGGUUAACUGUUGCUUGGGCAUUUCUGUUGCACUAAAGUACAAAUUCCCAUGGAAGAGCCAGAAAUAAGAAAAAAACCCAAUAUUCCCACUUCUGCGUGCUUGUUUGAACACCUGGCUCUGUUAAAAAUCAGUCUGGAGGUCUCAAGGGACCUUAUGCUCCCCUGCUGAAAAAUGCGGCUGCAAAGCUGGAGGUGUCUAACAAGGCUACCCUAAGGUCCUUAGUCUGAAGGUUUUAUUGCAAGUUAAAGACAGGACAUUUCUUUUCAAGCUCAAAAUGACCAUCUCUGCCCUAUGCUGUGUACUUUCUGCUUCAUGCAACGGUGUUGGCUUGGCAGAUGUUGCUGAUGGAGGUUUAGCAGGUGACAAUGAGGCCGAGGAAGGUGAUGGCUCCCACGGUACCGAGUCCCUACAGGGAUGAGCUUGAUAGGGGUAGGAAUUGGGAGAAGUGGGCAAUGCAAAAGGGAGAAAGCACUAAAUUCUUCCAAAUUUUUCUCCCUGUGCUUCCUCAAAAAUGCCACGACAGCCCUGGAAAGUGGUAGCAAAGUGCUGUGUGCCCUGGGGAUUGUUACGUGUUAUAAUAAGGCCAUAAAAGGGUCAGUUAUCAGCUAAGUGCCUGGAUUUGGAAGCAUCUAGUCCAAGUUAAACGGCAAAUGAUGAGAGUUCUGGAAUUACCCUGUAUCCCAAGAACAGGGUUUCCAGAAGCCAUCCAGGACAGGGAUCCCUGGCAGGCAAAUACUGUGGAUGAAUAAAAAUAUCCAAACUGUUCAGGUAUUUGUUUGCUCAAUCAAAAUCUCAGUGAGAAGGGAUUGUACAGCUGUGUUACAGCCACUUCUACCAGAGGAAGAGAAAAAGAGAAAGGAAAAAAUUAAGGAUGCAACAUAAUCCAACGUUGUAUUUAGCUUUUAAGAUAUCAAAAAGGAAUUGGUCUGGCUCUUGCCAACCAGACAGCCUUUGAAAUGAAUGGAGCUGUGUGCAGUACACUUAUCCUCUUAAUGAGGACAAAUUCUGGCAGUUUACCCUUAGGUAAAGAGGAAAAAAGCUUGCACUGUCAGCUUGAUGCACUCUUGAAAGAAAAAUCAAGCUCCCAUCUUAUCUAAACCCGGGGUAAUUUUACACAUUCAUCACUUGCCAGCAGUUGCAGCAUGUUGCUUCUCACCAGGAGCUGUGUCUGAUCAGAUCAAGGGAAGGAUCCAGCAGAUAUUGCCAGGAGUUCAGCAGGUGGAGACGAACAGGAGGAGGAUUAUCCAGCAAGGCAGGCAGUGGGUCCCCUAUGUGACCCUUCUGAUGGGCAUAAAAUGGCUCUUUUCCUUCAUUUUUCUCCCCAAGGAGAAAUCCAAGGCAGCCCCUUGCUCCCAGCCCACAAUGACCUAUCCAUAAUGGUUGCUUCAACUAAAUAAGCGACUUAUUUUGCUCUGGCUAAAUAAGCCACUUGGUUGCUUCUACUAAAGUGGUCAUAAUUGAAAUAUCUAACAGAUUUUUUAAAAUCAUGUACAACAUUAUUUGGCAAUACAUUCCUCUGCUCCUAUUGAUGUGAUAUCUAUUUUAGCUUUAUGAUUCACUCAAAAAGUUUCCCUCUGGAUAAAAGUUCCACCAAAUUCAACAACUGUAAAAACGCUGAAUAAAGGCAGCUUUUUCUUUGAAAACAGAGAAGAUCCUCAAUGCCUGGUAAAUUACCAGUUACCUUAAUGUUUAGCAGCAGCUGGAAACAUUUAAUAAGACACAUUGCAAACCUCACAGCAGGCAAACGCAAUAAUUUUUGGUGUAGGCAUAUCUACUUGACAGCUCGGCAGAAGCUAGUUAGCUGCACAAUUACAGAAAGAAAGAGCCAGCGCAGCUUUGCUGUUACCCACAGGCAAAGAGACUCAGUCAAUAAAACCAAUCCCCGUCCCCCAGGAACUAUUCUGCUAAAGAGUCAUCCGGCUCCUGCUAUUUAAAAAUCUCUGCUGGUAGGAGAACUGCCAGAAUUAACAAUCGAUGUUCUAAAUCGAGCUCAGUAUCACCGGCGCAAUCAUGGUUUUUGUUAUAGGAGCAUCAGAGAAUUAAAAAUAUGCAGCCCCGUGGCAGGUUUGGAUGGUGGGUGAAAGGCAGGAGAACCUGCAACCAGGAUCACCAUGGGACGGGGGGGCAGUGUCCCCCACCCCGUGACAGUAGCUUUUGUCAUGGCAACUGAGUACAAAACGCACAAGUGCAGCUUUUUCUCUGAGCAUCCUUUAAGCAAGACAGCUACUCAAUCAUAAUGCAGCUCAAGGGAUUUUUGGCAUGAAAACAGGAGAGUUUUAGACCGGCACACACGUGAGCAUUUUAUUCUCAUGGUAAGACAGACCCAUGUUGUACCAGGUUUCCAAUAUUCACUGACUUUACAG